GGUGGUUGCUGAGCGGCAGCCGGAGGAGGAGGACCAGGAGACUUAGAAAGGGGGGAGAGAAAUGUAAUUGCAUCUGGCCCCAAACCCUCUGACCAGCCCAGUGGAAGAAGCAGAAGCUGUCUGACUUUAGAGAAAAGUUGUCGGUGUCAGUCUCAGCAUGGCCGGGGGCUCGGUGUUUGAGUGUAAGGAGUACUUGUUCAAAGUGCUGGUCAUCGGGGAAUUAGGCGUCGGGAAAACCAGCAUCAUCAAACGCUACGUGCACCAGCUUUUCUCGCAGCACUACAGAGCGACGAUCGGGGUCGACUUCGCUCUUAAAGUUAUCAACUGGGACAGCAAAACUCUGGUUAGGUUACAACUGUGGGACAUCGCAGGUCAGGAAAGAUUUGGGAACAUGACGCGGGUGUACUACAAAGAGGCUGUGGGGGCAUUUGUGGUGUUUGAUGUGACAAGGGGCUCCACAUUUGAGGCGGUGUCUAAGUGGAAGCAUGACCUGGACAGCAAGGUGAAGCUGGCUAAUGGCAACCCCAUCCCCUCAGUGCUGCUCGCCAAUAAAUGCGACCAGAAGAAAGAGAGCUCCAACAACACAGCCCUAAUGGACAAUUUCUGCAAAGAGACUGGCUUUUUGGGCUGGUUUGAAACUUCAGCUAAGGACAACAUCAAUGUGGAUGAGGCAGCACGUUUCCUGGUUGAGAAUAUCUUGGCUAACGACAAAGGUUUGCCGUAUGAGGAGAGCAAUGGAGACCGGAUCAAACUGGACCAGGAGACUGUGGCUGCUGAGAUCAAGUCAGGCUGUUGUUGACAAUUGAGCCAUUCGUAUUAGCCAUCUGCCUCCCUUUGGCAGGGUCCAACCCAAGGACCCGGCCUGUGGCUCUCCGCCGUUUCCUGCAGCCUCUCUGAGGAAUAUGAAUACAUGGGUCUUCAAAGCUUUAGGAUCUUCUCCUCUCUGCAUUGAUGCCCGUUUAUCCUGCAAAUCCAGUUUUCUCAUUUUAGUUUUCCCUACGCCAGAAUAGAAGACCAAUUUUAUCUUGAUGUUGUUGCAAAUGCUGUCACUGCCUCUAUCAGGCUGUUUCGUUUUUUGUCCCACACCUCUAAACCACGACAUCUUUAUUACUGUUUGUCUCACUCCAUAUUUCCCUGAUUGUGUAUUCAACCACCAACUAUGAAUCCUACCCAGCCUUCCACACUUGAACCCUGGUGCUCUUGUUGCCCUGGUAGCCUCUGAAGCUCUGGACUAUACAACAGGGUGCCAACUAAUCCGAGAUUUGUGAAACACAAGCUAGAAAACAACCUGUAGCUUUAUAAUUUCUGUCACUUUGGUCUAUUCUCUCUCAGUAUCCUUGUCAUUCAAUGUUUAUCUGUGAAUCAAGACACUUGUUCAAGUAUUUCUUUAGCUAACAUGGAUGGACGUAAAUGACAAUCCUUAUUUUUUAGAACACUCAUGUUUCUGUUUACAGCUUUAGACUACUAUGUAAAAGUAAGCGAAGGCGUCACACUUAGGCAUCACAGUAACGCAUUAUCAAAAUGUUAUAUCUUGUGUUGCUGUCAUGAAUUGUUGUCUUAUGUUGUAUUUUGUCUGAGGUAAGGUGCCAUAAUACAGUUUUUGUUAAGGUAAUUAGAGGGGAACACUUUUUGUUAUUCACUCAAACAUUUAUGGACGGACAAUACAGUAUUUCACAAAAAAACUGCGGCCCAUAUGAGGCACUGUUUUUCCACCAGUAUAAAAAUGUAGAUCUGAUUUGUUUAUGUAUUUUUUUAAUGUGUUGGGUCAUGUAUUAUGCAACUUGUGACAGAAUCAGAAAGGGGACUACACUCUCUUUGUAUGUAUGAAAGUGUUCAGAUAAAAGAUGGGUUUAAAAAAAAUUUGAGUUGAGAUUACAUUUUCAUGUCAAAAUACUUCAAAUCUGAAAGACCAAAAUAGAAUAAACAUUUUAACAGA